CCAAAUAAGAUUUAACAUCUCUGAACUCUCUCCUGUGCUCUCUCUGCUCUGUGCCCGAAAGAUUCUCUCUUUCUCUCACUGCAUUGUCAUCCAACGAGUUUGUGCCUCUGAACCUCAGAUCCUUCAGGGAUUCAGUUGCAAGCUUCAUUUUCUUCAAGUGAGGAUCCAUUUGCAAGUUUUCAUCUCCUUCAACAAGUGAUUGAGCCGAGCCGAACCAUCCCCCUCUCGGAGCCGAGAUGAGCCUCUGCAGCCUCCCCACUGCCUUCUCCUUCCCAACAGAAUCCCUUUCCUCAAAAUCUGAUCCAGUUUCUCUUCCAGGCCUCUCUUUCCCUCCAUUUUUACGUCUUCCUAAAACCCUAACGCUAACUGCCUUCUCGGCACCCCAACAACGUGUCAUCCACCAAAGUUCCAUAGAGACAGAAUCCGAUCCUGAACCCGCCUUUGCCGAGGUGACCGCCUUUGCCCCUGCCACUAUUGCGAACUUGGGCCCCGGCUUUGACUUCCUCGGCUGCGCGGUUGAUGGGAUGGGUGACAGCGUCACCCUUAAAAUCGAUCCGGAAACUCCCCCUGGUCGCCUUGCAAUCACUUCCAUUCAUGGGGAUCCCAAGAAGAAGCUCAGCCUCAACCCAAACUUCAAUUGUGCGGGGAUUGCCGCCAUUGCAACCAUGAAAAUGCUGGGUAUUCGCUCAUGCGGCCUCUCUCUCUCCCUUCACAAAGGCCUCCCCUUGGGCAGUGGCCUCGGCUCGAGUGCCGCCAGUGCAGCUGCUGGUGCCCUGGCUGUAAACCACCUAUUCGGAAACCGUCUCCCAGUUUCUGAUCUUGUACUCGCUGGUCUUGAAUCUGAGGCUACAGUCUCCGGCUACCAUGCUGACAAUAUCGCUCCCGCUCUCGUGGGUGGUUUCGUCUUGGUGCAGACUUACGCACCGCUAACCCUGAUCUCCCUCCCCUUCCCAGCUGACAAGGACCUCUUCUUUGUGUUGGCAGCCCCUGAAUUUGAAGCCCCGACAAAGAAGAUGCGUGCCGCUUUGCCUGACGAGAUUACGAUGAAGGAUCACGUGGCCAAUUGUAGCCAGGCAGGGGCGCUUGUGGCUGGGGUCCUGCAGGGGGAUGCCAGGGUUUUGGGGCUAGCGAUGUCUUCUGACACUUUAGUGGAGCCAAGGAGGAAGGGCCUGAUUCCAGGGAUGGCAGAGGUCAAGGAGGCAGCAGUGGAGGCAGGGGCAUACGGUUGCACCAUCAGUGGAGCUGGGCCUACGGCAGUUGCGGUGACGGAUUUCGAGGAGAGGGGCCAGGAGAUUGGACGGGCCAUGGUGGAGGCCUUCUUGAAGGGCGGGAAGCUGAGGGCCAAUGCUAGUGUUCAUAAGCUUGAUAGGGUGGGUGCCAGGGUGUUGACCACGAGUUGAUGGUGGGUCUCAAUCCUUUCGGAUCAUUCCAGGUUAUGCUUCUUAUCUUAGUUUGUGGGUUUGUUUUGGGGAAGCAAGGUGUGCAUUCCCUUGAAAGCUGUCUCCGUGGAAUCGAAGCUUGAUGUCAUCUGAAACUGAUGUGUGGUUUGCCGAAACGAAGUACUAAUUUUGAGAACUUUGAUUGUUAGAUUGUAUGUUUUGCAUGCUAAUCAACCUUGUGGUCUGAUUGCUAUGCCAAUUCCCCCAUAAUUGGCAAUAAGUGCAGAUUUAAAAUCCAAUUGUAAUUCUGGUCAUGGGUGUUUUCAAAGUUAAUGAAAUAUGUGCUUUUGUUCCUUCCUUUGGGAGCUCAUGUGCAUAUAUACUGAUUUGAAGCCUCCAUUUAUGACAUUUCCUUUUUUUAAGAAAAGGAACUAAAAAAGAAGGCGAUUUGUGUAUGACUGUUGACAACAUUACUGUACGUUGGAUUAAUUGUGAUUUUAUCACCUUAAAAAUUUUAGGAUUUUUUUUUCUAUAAUAUUUGUGAUACAAGUUUAUGCAAUAGCUAAGGACUUUGGUACUAUCUUGUUAUAAUAUUUGUGGUUUGCAAGUUAUGCAACGUUUAGAGACUUUUGGAUGUGCUUUGCGAAAUGGUUUGGGUGGUUUCUGGUUCUUUUCUGCCUAUGUUUCUUGUUUAUUGUCUUACUAGAUUAUUUGGUUUUGUAGUUCUGUUGAUUAGUAUAAAGUUUGUAUUUUUGGGCAUUCCUGAUUUGUGCUUCACACUGAAGAACAGAAUUACAAAACGAAAUAAUCUAGCGAGGCAAGAAACAAAAAACAUACGCAGAAUAGGAAUCAAAAACCGUUCCACCGACCAAAUCAAUACCUAACAUCCUGUACAUGUUGCAUACACUUGCAGUUCAGCCUAGAAAAAUCCCAUUGAUCACCUCACGUGAGUAGCCUCUUUGUCAUGUUUAGUGAACAUAAAUCAAGAUUUCCGAACUAGGCUGUCUGCCUGUCCCAAUCAUCCCCAUUUGCAUUAAUGCAAAGCCUUCGGUUCUGAAUGCUGUGAAUCUGGUCUGUGGUGUGCUUAUCAGGGAGUUGCCAAGCAUCUGCUUAGUAAGAGCUUAUGACUCAAUUCUCAUGCCCUACAUUUCAGGAUCCACCUGCUGGGGCAUAGACCAUAAUUAGAGUUACACCUCUCAACUGUUUCAAAAGGUAAUCCUGUUCACAUGCUAUAGUUGCAUAAGAGUGUCCGUCUUCUCUUAAGCGCUGUUUUAAGGACCUUUUAAUAAAAAGUCUCUUCUUGAAAUUGAUUCAUCAACUUUACUGUCUCAAAUACCUUACUCAGCUGCUAGAGCUCCCUCUUAAUUGUCUUGUUUUAUCCUAGCAUUGCGGACUUGGUUUGUUUCCUAAUCAGCUAGGGGUAACUAUCUCUACCUUGCCAUUUUUUCAAAUAAUGUCAUAAUGAGAAUAUGAUUUUCAAAAUAUUACUCCUCAAUACUAAAUGUGAGUCCAUAAAUUAGUUUAUUGAGAGUGGCUUCCUGGUCAAUAGUGUCAAGUAGGCAUUAGCCACUGGAGACCAACUUUCUUAGCGAACCUGGUUGAAAAACUAUUAUAUGGCUCUUGAUGGCCAUGAGCAUGAUAAUGGAUGGUUUUGUUAACCAAAAGAGGGACUUGUCACUAUCAAUUGUCAUGCCUCCUAAUCAAUCUAUAGGUAUUUGUGACCUCAAUUCGAAUUUAGCUCUGGGUAGAGCUAAUAGUUGGUUUGCUUCUGAAUUUUUUGAAGAUUGGUUCUUUACAUUGGCUGACAGAAUUGCAUUUUGUCAUUUGUGAAUCGUCAUUUUAAUUUUGAUCUGUCUGCAGCUCUUGAAAUAUUACUGUAUAUAAUUUCUGGCUAAUAUGCGGCAGGAGAUCAAUGUACAUGGUAAGUUCAUUGAUUACCUUUUUAUUUGUGUAGGAAUUUCUUUCCUACAUUUGUAUCCUGGCUUUGGUAUUGUCAAGUUCUCUAGAAAUGCAUUACUUUUUUUUUAGGGCAUGCAACUUGGAUUCCGUUUCCUCCAUUUCUGAAAAUUUUGAAUUAUUCUGUGAUGUACUUUAGUUGCAUUUGCACUACAAACCUUGUGUUGUGUUCAGGAAUGUCAGAAGUAAACUAGAAACUUUGUUUCACUUGUUUUGAGUCACAUGCAACAUGUGCAUAAUUUUGGAGCUCAUAAGCUCUCUUUGGAUUUUCAUUUUAAUAGUAGAUACACUGCUACUGAACAUGUACAUGACGACUGAUGAUAUCCAGAAGCAAGACAAUGGAGGACAUUCUUAUGAUACAGCAUGUCAUUUAAUAUCAUCGUCAUUCCAACAUGUGUUACUUGAUGUUGGCAGCACAUUUUUUUCAUUUACCAGUGCUUUUCUUUUUUGGGGCCCAAGUUCAUUGACUUUGUUGGAUCUAACUGUAAAAUGUUUAGCUGAGUAGUCAUAUCUUUUGUAGAGAUCUUGAUGAAAAUAGGUCCUGAAAUAAGUGGGUACGUUGUACAUUGAGGCAAUGAACUGGAUCUUGUACAUGCCGAAUGGUCUAAAAUUUUUGAGCGAUCAUCAUGUCAUGAGUUACACUUGAGGAUAUAAUGUUUCAUGGCCAUCUCUUGCCUAGGAGAUGCAAAUUUUUCAUUUUUGCCUAAGAAAAUAUCAUAAAAACUUGAGAGGAAAAAAAAAAAAGGUGAAAGAUUUUGCCAUGUUGCAUGAGGGACACAUAGAUUAACGUGUUCAAAAUAAUUGUUGAAAAUUUGCCAAUCUGGUCAUAGUGCACCAAAGAGAAAGAUUCUGAGAAGUGAUAUUUGUUUUUCUUAUGAUACUGGUGUCGCUGUUUUGUACGGUCAAAAUAAAUGCAAGAAUGUUAUAGGCAUGCACACGAUUUUUUGCUCCCCCAUAGUAGUGUUGUUCUAUUGGGAUUCAAUAUGAUACCUGGUCUAUUCUCUUCACUUUAUCAAUGCGCUUAUGAUUAGCUAUGACCCAAUUAAUAUUUGAGUACUGAGGCUUUUUCUAUCAAAUGAAUAAUUUGAUGGCUAACAAAGAUUACAUAUUGAGCACUAAGCUAGAUUAAUCUUUUCCUUGUCAAGCACUCUAUUGUGCAUUUCUUUAGCUGAUUGUUGGCUUUUAUCAAAUUAUGUGUGUUGUGUGCGAUCUCUUCCUUGAAAAAUCUGCUCUGUGCCACUGGAUCUUCUUGAAGUAAACUGAUACUAGAUGGGUACGCUUUGCUCCAUAAGUUUAUGGGAACUAAGAAGUGGGUUGAGGGGGGGCACAUUGUUACUUUUCCUUGGAAUAGAUAUGGGUAUAUGUAAGACCUUUGGUGCUCAAUGUGGAGGAAUAACUAUGCGAUUAAAUGUUUCUGCAGUUCAAAAACUUGAACUCGGUAGCUGACUCAGUUGCUGCCAAGGUUGGGGCGACUUGCCAUGUUAAACAGUUAAAAGUUUAUGUAGUGUGUUUAUAGGAAUUUCAGGGCAGUAAUCAAGACUAACCUCAUCGAUACCACAUCAGAAAAUGCCAUUUAUGGACAAAAUGACAAUGAAUGUUAUGUAUAACAAAAAAACUCAGGCAUAUCCUGAGUUUUUCAUUUAUAAAUCUCUACAAUUGGGUGAUUCAAGUUGACUUGGGAGUUUUUCUGACUAGAAAAUGAAAUUUUAUUUUCUUUUAUUUAAUUUUUUUUCUCUGGUUGUAUGAUACUCUUAAUCAUGGGUGAAAAAUUACUACAUCCUCUUCAAGUAAAAUUUUAUGUAAAAUCAUCGAUGCAGGUGUUCGUUCAUUUUUGUCAUUAUCAGGCUCUUGUUUUGGUGGUGAGUAGAUCAACUUUGUGUUUUGUGGGGAGGAAUGCAAGUACGUGAGAGUGUUUUGUGAAAUUUCAAUGGCUAGUUAGGAAAAAUGGAUAGAAUUGUGUUGCACAUGAACUUCAUUACCAUUCAUAUUGUGAUCCUUCUCUGAAUAAUCCAGUUUUCUUUUUAUUUUGGUUUGUUUUUUCCCCAGUUUCUUCCAACAUGUUGCAAAUUGUUUACAAUGGGACUUUUUUAUUGAGGA